GGCGGUGUCAGGGGAGGCGGCAGCUCCAGAGAUGGCAGUGAGCGAGAGGAGGGGGCUCGGCCGCUGGAGCCCCGCAGAGUGGGGGCAGCGGCUCCUUCUGCUGUUGCUGUUGGGCGGCUGCUCCGGGCGUAUCCACCGGCUGGCGCUGACGGGGGAGAAGCGAGCAGAUAUCCAGCUCAACAGUUUCGGGUUCUACACCAAUGGCUCCCUGGAAGUGGAUUUGAGGCUCCUACGGCUGGACCUCCAAGAGACAGACGAGAAGGCCCCCUUGGUGGGGUUCAGUCUGAGCCGGGUUCGAUCUGGUGGCAUUCGCUCCUACUCAACCCGGGAUUACCAUGACUGUCCUCUACAAAGAAACAGUAGCAGCUUCCUGGUCCUGUUCCUCAUCGACACCAAGGGUCUGCAGGUCCAGGUACGAAAAUAUGGGGAGCAGAAGAAAUUGUUCAUCUCUCCUGGGCUUCUCCCCGAAGAGACUUCCAAACCAGCGCUUCCAAAGCCAGAGCCCACAGUCACCCCCGAAGCAGACAGUGGAACCUCCACAGUCAACAAAGCCAAGGCAAAACUCGCAGUGUCUCAGGACCCCAAUGGGAAGGACAAGGAGCUGGUGUUGGGCCUGGGCCACCUCAACAACUCCUACAACUUCAGCUUCCACGUGGUGAUCGGCUCCAGGGCAGAGGAAGGCCAGUACAACCUCAAUUUCCACAACUGCUACAACUCCAUGCCUGGCCGGGAGCGUCCAUUUGACAUCACCGUGAUGAUCCGGGAGAAGAACCCCGAUGGCUUCCUGUCUGCUGCUGAAAUUCCCCUCUUCAAGCUGUACCUGAUCAUGUCCGCCUGCUUCCUGGCGGCUGGCAUCUUCUGGGUGUCCGUGCUCUGCAGGAACACGUACAAUGUCUUCAAGAUCCACUGGCUCAUGGCGGCCUUGGCGUUCACCAAGAGCAUCUCCCUCCUCUUCCAUAGUAUCAACUACUACUUCAUCAACAGCCAGGGCCACCCCAUCGAAGGCCUUGCUGUCGUGCACUACAUCACACACCUGCUGAAGGGAGCGCUCCUGUUCAUCACCAUCGCUCUGAUCGGCUCGGGCUGGGCCUUCAUUAAGUACAUCCUGUCUGACAAGGAGAAGAAGGUGUUUGGGGUUGUGAUCCCCCUGCAGGUCCUGGCCAACGUGGCGUACAUUGUCAUCGAGUCCCGCGAGGAGGGCGCCAGCGACUACGGGCUCUGGAAGGAGAUCCUGUUUCUAGUGGACCUCAUCUGCUGUGGCGCCAUCCUCUUCCCAGUUGUCUGGUCCAUCCGGCAUCUCCAGGAUGCGUCUGACACCGACGGGAAGGUGGCAGUGAACCUGGCCAAGCUGAAGCUGUUCCGACAUUACUAUGUCAUGGUCAUCUGUUACGUCUACUUCACUCGCAUCAUUGCCAUUCUCCUGCGGGUGGCAGUGCCCUUCCAGUGGCAGUGGCUGUACCAGCUCUUGGUGGAGGGCUCCACCCUUGCCUUCUUUGUGCUCACGGGUUACAAAUUCCAGCCAGCUGGGGACAACCCGUACCUGCAGCUGCCCCAGGAGGAUGAGGAGGACGUUCAGAUGGAGCAAGUAAUGACGGAUUCUGGGUUCCGGGAAGGCCUGACCAAAGUCAACAAGACAGCCAGCAGGCGAGAGCUCUUGUGAUGUCUCUGCACCCCCAGCCAGCGGCCUCCUCCCGCCCGCUUCUCAGCCUGACACUCCAAAGCCUGUGGGAGCUGGGGUACCCUGCAGAUAAGGCACCCUGCUCCCGGGGCUACUGUCCCCAGAGGAGCCCAUCUACAAGUUGGACUGCCCCUUCCUCCCGGCAACUGCUGGGCAGCCCUGUCCUCUCCAGGGGACCACCACCCACUUCCAGCUGUACAAUAAGGACCACUCCAUUUUGCUACCCUGGUUUCUUGCCUUUCUAGGGGUUGAGGUCUCGGUGGAAGUUGUGUUUACAACCUGUAUUUGCUUUACACAGUCAAUAAAUAUUAAUUGAGCAAC